CGGCGCCUCCCCGCGCUGCCAGCGGCGGCCGCCGCGCCCGCGCCCGCGCCGCGCGCAACAGGCGGGCUCCCGGCGGAGCGACAAACCCACCCCGGUGUGACCGAGCGGCCGCGGGCGGCCAGCGGAGCGCCCGCCCGCCCGCCCCGGGGCCGGGCAUGUGCGGCGGGGCGGCGGGCAGGGCGCCCGGGCAAGGGCGUUUGAAGGAAACGUGAGGCGCGGCGGCGGCGGCGGCGGCGGCGGGAUGGAGGCGGCAGCGCCGCGGCGGAGGAGCCCCGAGCCGCGGGAGAAGCCACCGGUGCCGGACGGGGAGGCGGCGGGGGCGCCCGCGGGGGCGGCGGGCGCGGCCCCGGCCUCGCCGGCGGCGGCGGCGGCGGAGCAGAUCGUGGCGGAGGGCGAGGCGGCGGCGGCGGCGGCGGGCGGCACGUUCGUGCAGCGGCAGCUCGGGGCGAUGCUGCAGCCCGCCGUGAACAAGUUCUCGCUGCGCAUGUUCGGCAGCCACCGGGCCGUGGAGAUCGAGCGGCAGCGGGUGAAGUCGGCGGGCACCUGGAUCAUCCACCCCUACAGCGACUUCAGGUUUUACUGGGACCUCAUCAUGCUGCUCCUGAUGGUGGGGAACUUGAUCAUCCUGCCCGUGGGCAUCACCUUCUUCAAGGACGAGAACACCCCUCCCUGGAUCGUUUUCAACGUGCUCUCGGACACUUUCUUCUUGGCUGACCUGGUGCUGAACUUCCGGACAGGCAUCGUGGUGGAGGACAACACGGAGAUCAUCCUCGACCCCCACACCAUCAAAAUGAAGUACUUGAAGAGCUGGUUCCUGGUCGACUUCGUUUCCUCCAUCCCUGUCGACUACAUCUUCCUCAUCGUCGACCUGGAGACCCAGGUGGAUUCUGAUGUCUACAAGACAGCGCGGGCCCUGCGCAUCGUCCGCUUCACCAAGAUCCUGAGCCUCCUGCGCCUGCUGCGCCUCUCGCGCCUCAUCCGCUACAUCCACCAGUGGGAGGAGAUCUUCCACAUGACGUACGACCUGGCCAGCGCCGUGGUGAGGAUCUUCAACCUCAUUGGCAUGAUGCUGCUGCUGUGCCACUGGGAUGGCUGCCUCCAGUUCCUGGUGCCCAUGCUGCAGGACUUCCCCGAGGACUGCUGGGUCUCCAAGAACCACAUGGUGAACGACUCGUGGGGGAAGCAGUACUCGCACGCCCUGUUCAAGGCCAUGAGCCACAUGCUCUGCAUCGGCUACGGGCAGCAGGCGCCCGAGGGCAUGACCGACGUCUGGCUCACCAUGCUCAGCAUGAUCGUGGGGGCCACCUGCUACGCCAUGUUCAUCGGCCACGCCACCGCCCUCAUCCAGUCCCUGGACUCCUCCCGCCGCCAGUACCAGGAGAAGUACAAGCAAGUGGAGCAGUACAUGUCCUUCCACAAGCUGCCCGGGGACACGCGCCAGCGGAUCCACGAGUACUACGAGCACCGCUACCAGGGCAAGAUGUUUGACGAGGAGAACAUCCUGGGGGAGCUCAGUGAGCCCCUCAAAGAGGAGAUCAUCAACUUCAACUGCCGCAACCUGGUGGCCAACAUGCCCCUGUUUGCCAACGCCGACCCCAACUUUGUGACUGCCAUGCUGACCAAGCUGCGCUUCGAGGUCUUCCAGCCCGGGGACUUCAUCAUCCGCGAGGGCACCGUGGGCAAGAAGAUGUACUUCAUCCAGCACGGGGUGGUCAGCAUCCUCACCAAGGGCAACAAGGAGACAAAGCUGUCUGAUGGCUCCUACUUCGGGGAGAUCUGCCUGCUGACCCGGGGCAGGCGCACGGCCAGCGUGAGGGCCGACACCUACUGCCGCCUCUACUCCCUGUCCGUGGACAACUUCAACGAGGUGCUGGAGGAGUACCCCAUGAUGCGCAGGGCCUUCGAGACGGUGGCCAUGGACCGCCUGGACCGCAUAGGGAAGAAGAACUCCAUCUUGCUCCGCAAGCGAGCCGAGCACAGCUCGGGGCCCAUGAACACCGAGAUGAUCCAGCAGAUCGUGAAGCACGACCAGGACAUGGCCCACAACAUCCAGGACCUGCAGCAGAUGGCGAUGGGCCGGGAGCUGAGCGGGAAGCCGGUGAUCUGGGAGCCGCUGGUUCACGCGCCCCUGCAGACGGCGGCCGCCACCACCAACGUGGCCAUCGCCCUGACCCACCAGCACAGCCUGCAGGCCCACAUCUUCCUGCCGCCCUCCUCCAUCUCCAGCCCCCUCUCGCCCGAGACCACCCUGCUCACCAAGCCCGUGCGCCGGUCCCAGCCCAGCCUGGGCGGCUCCCGGCCCUCCUCCGUGAGCUCGCCGUCCGGGGCGCAGUCCCACCUCCAAACGCCCGCUGCCGGCUCGCCCUCCUCCCCCAUGGUCCAGUCCCAGGCGCCGCUGGAGAGCGGGGCCCAGAGACCAAGCCAUGGGGCGCAGCCCCUGCCACGAGCAGCGCAGAGGGGGGAGAUGCCGGGGGGGGCCAAGCAGCCCCCGGGUGGUCCCCAGCCCCAGCUCUCCAGGUCCCGCGGCGCCUCGGUCUCCACCUCGCUGCUGCAGCAGGCGGCGGGGGCGGCGUCCCCCAGCUCGGAGCAGGCGCUGCCGCCGGGGAGAACGCUCCACUACAGCCUGUCCCGAGCCACCGGCUCCCACAUCUCCCUCCUGAUGCAGCCCCAGCAGCUGGUGAAGCACAGGAGCAUCCAGGGCCUGCCGGUGGGGCGGCUCACCCAGGAUGUCCGGCUGCUCUCUGCCUCCCAGCCCUCCCUCCCCAACAAAGUGGCCCAGCAAGCCGAGGGGAGCUCCUUGAAGCAGGGCAGGAAAUCCGCGGGGAACCUGGCCCGCAGGUCCUCUCCCUCGGUGGCCGGACUCCUCGCCAAGCCGUGUCCGGGAGUCCCGGCCCAGCCCUCACACCCGCAGCAGAUGCCUUCAGGAUCGCUGGCUCAGCCCGCCCGCUCCGCGCCGGGAGCCUCCACCCCGCAGUCCCCGGUCUCCACGUCCAGGCAGGCAGCAGGUCCCUCCCGCAAGGGUUCCGUGGCCUUCAGCCCCGAGGUGGAAACGGGGAAGCCCAAACUCCCGUCCAACAUGUGAGUCCCGGCGGCACCGAGCGCAGGCAGGAGGGACCCGGGCACCCCGGCGACAGGAGCAGCCGAGCACCAGCCCCGCCGUGCCGCGGGGAAGGUGAGGUGAGAGGCAGCACCCGCGGCCUUGGAAGGGCUGUUUCGGGCACGGGGGCGCAGCAGGGGUGGGCACGGGGCAGCCCCGGAGCUGGCCCAGCUGGGUGAGGAGGGGGCUCUGCUGACUGCCCCGAGGGGGGACCCUGCCCGGGCUCUCCCCUCCUCGUUCAUCGCCAUCUGUCCUGAGUCCUGCCCUCGUCCUGGAGGCACAGGACAGGACAGAGCCCUCGCCCCAGCUCUGGCCUCUCUGGGGAGCUCAGCUCCCCACAACUGCCCUUGGGGGCCGGGCCCCCCACGCUCUGCCCGCGCAUCCCAGGGCCUGUCCUCGGGGCGGGGCUGGCGCUGGCGGCUCCUCCAGCUUGUCCUCUGUCACAGCAGCGGCCACCUCACGCCCACCUCGAUCCCCAGAGAGCUCUGCUUUGCUUUAUGGGGGAGGAGGGAGAGGCAGCCCCCCGGGUCCCCUGCCGGGGUGGCCGGAGGGGGAUGGAGACCACGGCAGGGGCUCCCCGGGCAGGCAGAAUAUGGGGCGCCAGGGCCAGCAGGGGCCAGGUCCCCCUUCCCCAACACUUGGGGGUGGGUGCCAGGAGCUGGGGGUCCUGGGCAGGAUGGGUGCCAGGAGCUGGGGGUCCUGGGCAGGGCUCCCCUGGUGUGACGAGUGCCAAGCAGCAAAGCUGGGGGCAGAGGGGUCUCCACUGAGCAGACCCCCCAAUCCCUCUCCCCGGCUUGGGGGAGCAUCUUUCCUCAGAGGUGCUGAGUCCCUGCAAGGUUGGGAUGUGCUGCCAAACAGGGCUCUGCACCACACCUGGGCACUGUGGCCUGGACCCUGGCACGGGGGCAGCCUGGGAGGACCCCACAGCCUGUGGCUCCAGGAGGAUGCUCAGAGGGUCACGCUGGGGACCCCCACUGCCUGUGGCUCCAGUAGGAUUUUCAGAGGGUCGGUCUGGGGGAGACCCCUCUGUGGCUCCAGGAGGAUGCUCAGCCCGGGCUCUGCUCCCCGUGCCCUGCCCUGCGGUCCCGUUUCCAGGCUGCCUGGAGAUGUCAGUCACCAGCACCGCAGCGAAUGAAAGGCUGUCGCCAAGAGAUGCCAACCCCGGGCAGUGUCCGGGGGACAGGCGGGGCUGCGGGGUCACCCCCUCCUCGGGGUCCCCACAGCCACCCCACGCCGCCCCUCCAGAGCCAAUAGUCUGCAAUGUGUGUUCGAGUCGUGGCUCUGCCGAGCAGCCGAGCUCUGCUUACAGUGUCGCUUUGGGCCAAACCGUGUUCAGUCCUGGUUAGAGUAGUGUCCCCUCCGACCCCGCCACGCUGCGCGAGCUGCUUCCCACUCCCGGAGUCAGGAGCCAUGGCUUGUGUGGUGCUCUGGGGCUCGGCUGCCGCUGGGCGGGGCCCGCCGGACCCCCGGCACAGCGGGUGAGGUCGUGUUCCCUGUGCUACUUUACCGAAGUGAGGUCUUCAGUUCUCCCCCCUCGUGUUUUGGGAUGUCGGGAGCAGCCCGGAGCGCAGCGCUGCUCCGGGAGCCCACCAGGAAUCCCGGCAGCGUCUGCCAAGAGGGGAUGUCCAGCACUGCCUUCUUUCCAUGGACUUCAACUCCCCUUCCCCGCCCACCCCCACGUCCCCACUCCACCCCCGCGGUCGGUGUCCCCCGGACAGCCCCUCGGGCAGGGGUCUGCAGCUGGGCCGCAUGUCCAGCGUCCCCGGGCUGUGUCCACACUGCGUGAUGUCGAUGUCUUAGUGGUCAUCCUGGUGUCCCUGCAGAGCACACGGGCCGGCCCGGAUGGCACCGGGAGCGGCUCCACUCCCACCGGCCGAGCCUUUGGUGCACCCUCCCCGUGCUGGCAGCCAGAGCCACCCUGUGCUUCUGUCACCGCGGCCCCUGCCCCGCGUCACCUCAGCCCGGUGGGGAGGCACAAGGCGGGGCUGGAGGGGCCGGGGGGGUGCCGGCCGUGCGCGAGUUUAGCCACCAAAGACCAUGACCCUCCACUCUUGCACUCGCGGCAGUCCAUGUACAGAGCUUGUAGUUUUCAUAUCGCAGAGGAUUUAAAAGCGUUUUUUUAUUUUUUGGUCGUUGUACAUAAUGGAUUUAAAUAAUAAAGAGAGAUUCUGAGCUGG